AUGGAGAAAACAGUCGCUAGGACAAAGAAGGAUUGGUCGGUUAAGACCGACGAUGCAUUAUGGGCUUACCGAAAGGCAUUCAAAACGCCAAUUGGUACCACUCCAUAUAGAUUGGUGUAUGGAAAGGCAUGUCACUUACCCGUUGAGCUAGAACACCGAGCAUUUUGGGCCAUCAAGAGUUUAAAUUUUGAUGCUCAAGCAUCGGGUGAAAAGAGAUUGAUGCAGUUAAAUGAGCUCGAUGAGAUCCGUCUUGAAGCCUAUGAAAGUUCAAAACUGUACAAAGAAAAGACCAAAAGGUGGCAUGAUAAAGGUCUUGUGAGAAGGGAAUUCAAGGAAGGAGAUCAAGUCCUUUUAUUCAACUCAAGAUUGAAACUAUUUUCCGAUAAACUUUGUUCUAGGUGGUCGGGCCCAUCCAAGAUUUGCAAAGUCUACCCCUAUGGUACUAUUGAAUUAUGGAACAAAAAUGAUGGUACUUUUAAGGUGAAUGGCAAGAGAUUAAAACACUAA